UAUUUAAGCUGAUGGACUGGGUGUGUCGACAUCACUCGCACCCUCAGCAUCCUCACAGCAACAUGGACAAAUCUCUGAUUGCGUUGCUGCUGGCGACUUGUUGGUUGGCCUUAGCUGCCGCCUCCACGACCGCACCUAAAGUCACCACCAUAGUGCGCAAAACCGAGAAGAGAGGCGUCCAAGGGUGGCCUGCCCAAGUGAAAACCGUGUACAUCCCAAAACCCUAUCCCGUUCCCCAGCCGUACCCAGUCCAAGUGAUCAAGAGGGUUCCCUAUCCGCAGCCGUACAAAGUUUCCGUGCCCCACCCGGUUCCAGUUCCCGUGCCCCACCCUGUGCCAGUGGCAGUCCCCAGACCUUACCCCGUUCGAGUUCCCCAGCCCGUCGCCGUGCCCAUUCCUCACCCCGUUCCGGUCCACAUUCCGAAGGCUGUUGGAAUUCCGGUUCCUCACCCUGUUAGGGUGCCGGUUCCCGUUCCCAUUCCUGUUGGCAGCCACGGAGGUUUCGGAGGUGGAUUUGGAUCUGGCCUCUCUGGAAAAGGACUCGAUGGCCUGUCUGGUGCGUUUGGAGGCCUAGGAGGAGGACAUGGUGCUGGUCUGGGCGGAUUUGGAGGAUCACUUGGAGGACAAGGAUCAUCUGGAUUUGGAUUGGGCGGAGGUCUGGGAGGAAAUUACGGAGGACUAGGUGGUGGAUAUGGAGGAUUGGGAGGAAGCACCUUUGGAGGACUGGGCGGUAGCUCCAGUGGCUUGAGUGGAAGUUACGGAGGUCUGGGUGGAAGCUACGGGGGUUUGGGCGGAAGUUACGGAUCAAGUGGAAGCUUCGGUGGAUCAAGUGGACUUGGUGCAUUGGGCGGAAGCUUUGGUGGUUCCAGUGCAAGCUACGGAGGAGGAUUGGGCGGAAGUUACGGUGGAUUGAGUGGCUACGGAAGUGGAAGUUAUGGCAGCGGAAGCUACGGAAGUGGAAGUCAAGGAGGCCUCAGUGGAGGUUACGGAAGCCUCGGAGGCGCCUCUUCUUAUGGUGCUGGAGAUGCUCAAUCCCCUCUGGAUACCUCAAGUGGUUCUCAUGGCUUGGCCGCCUCAACGUACGGCUCCUCUGGUUCUGCCGCUGCCCCUUCCGGCCAAUCUAGUGACGCGUAUGACUCGACAAGCAGCCUGUCCGACGCGUCCGGCUCGAGCCCUUCAGACCAUUCCUCAGGCUACUCUAGCUCCAGUUUGAGCAACGUGGGCGCCUCUGGUGCCGACGAAUCGUCCAAAUACUCUUCCAGCUACAAGGGUUAAGCCUGAAUGCAAUUCAGAGAGAUUGUACACUUUUUAUUUUAUUUGUAUAACUUUGCCGUGACUGAUGUUUUGUACAACUUUUUUGGUUGCAUAUCCUCGGCACAGUUAUAUUUUUUUUAUACAUUUACCCCUCGACUGCUUUUUCUAAUAAAAACCAAACCGUGAAAA